UUCUCUCUCCAGCUCUCUUUCUCUUCCUCAAAUAUCUUUCCGUUUUCAACGACUUUGGUUGGCUCGGUCUGUUUCAUUCCAUCUCCCUCUUCUUCUUUUCUUCUGCUUUCAUUGUUCGAUCUCGAGGUGGUGGAAAUGCCGGGGGAGGUGACGGCAACGAGAAGCGGUUACGCGACUGCGGUGGAGGAGGCCGCUUAUGCUGGGCUGGAGAGCAUGGAGAGGCUUAUUGUUUUGCUAUCUCAGCAGCAGGAAAAUAAGAAGGCGGAGAUGGACGAACACUGCCGGGCGGUCGCCGACGCGGCGCUGACCAAGUUUCGCAAGGUUAUCACACUCCUCGGCCGCACCACCACCGGUCAUGCCCGCUUCCGCUCGGCCCCUCUACCCCUCCACAGUCGCCACGAUGGAGAGAUGGAGAGGAGUGAAGAGAGCGCGCCCGUGAAGCCGAUCCAACAGUUACCACCGCUUCCUCCUCCUGAUCACCAUCGAUACGAGCACUUCUCCAACUCUUGCGUGUCGUCGCCUUCUAGCUCGAUCAAGGGGACGUGGUGCGAGGGGAGCUGCCAUGGUUCCAAAAAGGGAAAGUUCAGGUGGAGGAGGAAGGUCAGAAUACCGGCGGUGAGCUCGAAAAUGGCGGAGGUACGGCCGGACGACUACUCCUGGAGGAAGUACGGCCAGAAGCCCAUCAAGGGGUCACCGCAUCCAAGGAGUUAUUAUAAAUGCAGCAGCGUGAGGGGGUGCCCGGCGAGGAAGCAGGUGGAGCGUGCGGCGGACGAUCCGUCGAUGCUUAUCGUCACCUACGACGGUGUUCAUAACCACACCGAAGUCAUCGAAGGCUGGCCGGAGGGAGUGUUAAAAGCUUCUUUUUCCUAGAUUCUUCAUCAUCGCUUGCUGUUGUCUGGUCUUAGAUUCAGUAGAGUUUUGUCGUCUGGGAGGGAAGAAGCAUGGAAAGCUCCGGUGAAGACAAUGCCCAUGGGGGAUGGGUGGGUGAGGUGGAGAACUUAUAUAGAGAGAGAGACAUGAAAUGGAGACAUGGAACAAUGGGUUGAGUUGGCUUGCUGACUUUGUUUUUAACU